AUGGGAGAUCAUAUUUUACUUUUCAUCUUUGAUAACAAAUCUGAGGCAGAUAGGGUGAUCAGUAGUGAACCAUGGAGCUUUGACAAGCACAUGGUUCUAUUUCAACACUAUAAUGGCGAGGUGCCUAUCCGUAACCUUGUCUUUGAUAAGGCAUGUUUUUGGGUUCAACUCCACGAUAUUCCUGUCAAGUUUAUGAAUAUCGAGGUCGCAAAAAAACUAUGUGAUGUCAUUGGAGAGGUGUGUGAACCAUUAGAUAAGGCAGACUGUGAUGGGGGUGGUUUCAUGAGAAUCCGAGUAUCUAUUGAUGUCAACCAACCAUUGUGCAGGGGACGGGUUGUCAUGCGCAAAAACGGUAGUCAAUUCUGGGUGGCGUUCAAGUAUGAGAGGUUACCCAAUUUGUGUUAUUGGUGCGGAUGUCUUACCCAUAGCGAUAAAGAUUGUGCUAUUUGGAUCAACAGCAAAGGGAGAUUGUCUAACGACGCAAAGCAAUUUGGUCCUAGCUUGAGAGCUCCUCCUUUUUUCCCAUCUCAGAGAAGCGUUGUCUCGGUUCCAGGCAUAUUCUCGAGCUCAAAGGCAAACACGAGGAAACCGACGGAGGAAUCUUCGCCGGAAACGUCAACUCCUGACAUGGAAACGGAUGGUGGUAAUGAGUAUUUAAUGUAG